CAUGUCUCUCAGACGUCACUCCUUAGUCUUAUGCUUGCUGAGCAAGAAAAAGAGACCAAGAUUUUGACUGGCUAUGCCUUACAUCCUAUUCCUGCGAUUCCUCAACAUGCGAAAGCACUACAAGACCAUUUAAACAUGAGAGUCAUCUCCUCCCCGAGGGACUUUGACAAUGGGCUCGAGAUGAGAAGACCUAAAUUUUCGACGCCUAUCGAGAUUCCAAGAUAUGGCGCGCGGCCAAUCGCGAUCAACUCGCCAGCUCUUUCGCCUAGGACAACGAGAAGGAACAUGUUGAACGUGGAACUGACCAAGUCAUUACGACUUCAGUUAGUGCGGGAGCGACGUUUGACUGCCAAUGCCUUCCUCAAGAGGCGCUACACCUCGCUUGAUACGGCCAACGUGAAGCAGUAUCCGGAGCAAGCCAAUAUGGAAAGCAUCGACCAAUAUUCCAGCCACGACUUCUACACGCGCGGGUGGUAACCGAUUAUCUGACCCAAGGUCACUUGAUUCUCGAUCGAAACAGCACCUUACUUAGGUACCUUGUGUAAUUUCCUUUCUCAUUUCUUUCGCGUGAAUAAUGACGUGGCUGCUCUCUAUGGUACAGAUUGUUUGUAUGAAGGUCUAAUUAGUCAUGAGGCAUUUCGGUUUCCUACAACUACACAGCAUGAUUGACCUGGCGGAUUGUUUAUACAUCAACUCGUAAUACGAACGUAUCGUUGAUAGCAGGUUCCAGGUGAACAUGACAUCCUAAACUCCUUGCGUUAGUUGC